GGCGGGCCCCGGUCCGGAGCGAUGCUGGGCCGGGCCGGGUACCGGGCGCUGCCCCUCGGGGACUUUGACCGCUUCCCGCAAUCCAGCUUCGGCUUUCUGGGCUCGCAGAAGGGCUGCCUGGACCCCGAGCGGGGCGGCGCGGGCCCGGGGGCCGACUCCCCCCAAAGCUGGUCCUCCUGCCUCUGCCAUGGCAUCAUCAGUUUCCUGGGCUUUCUGCUGCUUUUGAUCACUUUCCCUAUUUCCGGCUGGUUUGCCCUGAAGGUUGUACCCACCUACGAGCGCAUGGUGGUGUUCCGUCUGGGCCGGAUCCGGCCCCCACAGGGGCCUGGCAUGGUUUUACUACUGCCCUUCAUCGACUGCUCUCAGAGGGUGGAUCUGAGGACCCGAGCCUUCAACGUCCCUCCUUGCAAGCUGACCUCCAAGGACGGGGCCGUGCUGUCCGUGGGGGCCGACGUCCAGUUCCGCAUCUGGGACCCGGUGCUGUCGGUGCUGGCCGUGAAGGACCUGAACGCGGCCACCCGCAUGACGGCCCAGAACGCCAUGACCAAGGCUCUUCUCCGGCGGCCUCUGCCCGAGAUCCAGAUGGAGAGGCUCAAGAUCAGCGACCAGCUCCUGCUGGAGAUCAACGACGUGACCCGGGCCUGGGGACUGGAGGUGGACCGGGUGGAGCUGGUGGUGGAGGCCGUGCUGCAGCCGCCCCAGGACGGCCCGGCCGGGCCCGGCCUCGACAGCACCCUCCAGCAGCUGGCUCUCCACUUGCUGGGCGGAGCCCUGAGCCCGGGGGCGGCAGGUGCCCUGCAGCCCCGGCCAGCCACCCCCGACACCUUGGAGAUGCUGAGCGAAGUGGAAGCACCGGCCCCUUGCAGUGCUGUGGGACCCGGCCCUGAGCAGCCCGUGGCGGAGGGGCUGCUGACCGCCCUGCAGCCCCUCCUGUCCGAGGCCCUGGUCAGCCAGGUUGGGGCCUGUUACCAAUUCAACGUCAUCCUGCCAGGCGGUAACCAGAGCGCCUACUUCCUGGACCUCACCACAGGGCGAGGCAGGGUGGGACGUGGGGUGCCCGAUGGUGUCCCCGACGUGGUGGUGGAGAUGGCGGAGGCGGACCUGCGGGCGCUGUUGAGCAGGGAGCUGCGGCCCCUGGGGGCCUACAUGAAUGGGCGGCUGAAGGUGAAGGGCGACCUGGCUGUGGUCAUGAAGCUGGAGGCUGUCCUCAGGGCCCUCAAGUAGGGCCUUCUCCCACACCAGGCCUGGGGGCCCUGGACCUC